AUGGACGAUUCGGACCUCACCACAGCCAUCAAAGCAUACCCUCGCUCAUCUCCCCUCCCGCCAACCUCAAUUCCCCGGCCUUUCAACACAUACCUACCCGAGGAAUACACCUCCCCAACCGCCCUCCGCCUCCCCACCACCUGGCGCUGCGGCACUUGUACAUCUCUUCGCCCCGUGCUCUCCCUCUUAUCAACGACAACAACAACAAUAACAACCGACAGUAGUUGCUGCUGCUGUUGUGCCCUCCCCAGCCUCCAGGCCGUCUACGACCAGUUUGGCGCCCUCUACCUCUUCUGGCGGGACGACCCGGCCGUGUCGGACCUGCGCGUGCCGAGCAUGCUGGAAGAGGCGCGGUGGCGGGUGUGGAGGGCCGGCGGGGGGGAGUGGGAAGACGUUUUGCUUCGGGCUGAACAAGCUGCGUCGCCCGGGCAGGUGGAGAGGGAAAGGGGGCAGGAAAGGGAGGAGGGGAGCUUGAAGGGUGGGGGGUUGUUAAGGGAGGGUGUCAUUGGGAGGAGGUGGAGUUAUCUCUCGUGA